CCUAGAUUUAAUUUUCCCCUAGAUCGAAUUCAAGUCCAACAGCGAUCGAUCCUUCGCUUCGUGGCAUCGUGCUCGUGUUACUAUCGCCGAAGCUCGCUCUGCUCAUUACAAAUCCUCCGGCUUCCUAAAUUCGGGCGCGUACUUAUCUUCCUUUUCCGGCCGCAUCUACCGCUCGGAGAUGGCGGGCACCAAGGGCGACGGGCCGGCGAUCGGCAUAGACCUCGGGACGACCUACUCGUGCGUGGCCGUGUGGCGGCCGUCGCACAACCGCGUCGAGGUCAUCCCCAACGACCAGGGCAACCUCACCACGCCGUCCUGCGUUGCCUUCGCCGACACCUGCCGUCUCAUCGGCGAUGCUGCCAUGAACCAGGCCGCCAUGAACCCCGUCAACACCGUCUUUGAUGCAAAGCGACUGAUGGGUCGGCGAUUCAGUGACUCCACCGUACAAGGUGAUAUGAAGCUAUGGCCUUUCAAAGUCAUUCCAGGUCCUGGUGACCGGCCAAUGAUUGUAGUGCAGUAUAAGGGGGCGGAGAAGCAGUUUGUUGCUGAGGAGAUCUCCUCCAUGUUGCUUAUGAAGAUGCAAGAGGCUGCCGAGGCAUACCUAGGCACGCCAGUAAAGGAUGCGGUUAUCACUGUCCCAGUCUACUUCAACGACUCCCAGCGCGAAGCCACCCUCGAUGCUGGUGUCAUUGCUGGCCUCAACGUCAUACGCAUCAUCAACGAGCCCUCUGCUGCGGCCAUUGCCUAUGGUCUUGACAGGAUGUCCAACAGCGGUGAAGCGAAGAUGGUGCUCAUAUUUGAUCUUGGAGGCGGUACUUUGGAUGUCUCGAUUAUCAAUAUUGACAAGGGAAACUUUGUGGUCAAGGCCACGGCUGGGGACACCCAUCUUGGUGGGGAGGAUCUCAACAGUCGGAUGGUGGAGCACUUCGUGCAAGAUUUUCUUAGGAGACACAAGAGUAACAUCAGAGGCAAUCCGAAGGCGCUCAUGCGGCUGAGGACGGCUUGCGAGAGGGCGAAGAGGAUGCUAACUUCCACGGCGCAGGCCAAAAUUGAGAUCGACUCGCUCCACGACGGCAUUGACUUCUACGGGUCCAUCACCCGCGCCCGGUUUGAGGAAAUGAACAUGGACCUCUUCCGCAAGUGCAUCGAACACGUCGAGAAGUGCCUCAGUGACGCCAAGACGGAGAAGUUCCAAAUCCACGAUGUCGUGCUUGUGGGUGGCUCCACCAGGAUCCCCAAGGUUCAGCAGCUGCUUCAUGAUUUCUUCAAUGGGAAGAAGUUAUGCAAGAGCAUCAACCCUGACGAGGCUGUGGCCUAUGGCGCUGCUGUACAGGCCGCUACCCUGAGCGGCGAAGGCGACCAGAAGGUGCAGGACUUGCUCCUUCUGGACGUGACGCCGCGCUCGCUCGGAGUCGAGAUAGUGCCAGGCCUCAUGAGCGUGCUGAUACCCAAGAACACCACCAUCCCUGUCGCGAGGGAGGGGCCUUACACAACAACAUUCGACUACCAGACCAGCGUUUAUUUCCCGGUGUACGAGGGUGAAGGGGAGUGGACCAAGGACAACAACCUCCUGGGCCAGGUCACGAUCUGGGGCGUGCCCCCACAGCUGGCAGGCAUGGCACAACUCAGAAUCACGUAUGAAGUGGAAGCGAACGGCAUCAUGAAGGUGACGGUGAUGGACCUGACGACCGGAAACAAGAGCAGCGUCACCAUCAACAAGGGUGGGCUGGACAAGAAGGAGAUCAAGAGCAUGGCGCAGUAUGCCAAGAAGUGCAAGACCGAGGACAGGAAGGAAAUUAAUAAGAUAAAGAAAGAAAACGAGCAAGAGAUCAAACGCAUGGCGAAAAUGAAGCGCAUUUUGCCGGCUGCUGAGAAGUACACGCCCGAGGACAAGAAACAAGUUAAGAAAAUAAAGAAGGAAAACGAGGAAGGCUGGCUGAGCAAGGAGGAGAUGGAGCGCACCGUGAAGAAGAAGCGCAUGUUGCCAGACGCUGCGAAGAACAAGUCCGAGGACAAGAAGCAAGCAAAGAAAAUAAAGGAGGAAAAGGAGGAGGGUGGUGUGGAAUUGCUGAGCAAGGAGGAGUUCGAGCGCAUGGUGCAGAAGAAACGCAUGUCACAGUCCAAAGACAACGAGCAAACUAAUAAGAAGAUAAAAAAGGAAAGCGGAGGCCCAUGAGGUGUACAAUGUGCUUCUGCAAGCCUAUGAUCGCGCUGCUUUUGCAACUUCUAGAAUAGGCAUACCAUCGCCUUCUGGCUUAACAUGCUUCGUGUGAUUUCGGAACCAUGAACUGGAUGAUAGUACUAGAAUAGUUCCACUGCUCAGUAUGCACAGAUGCAUUUGUUGAAAAUAGUUGCAUUAAAAUUCUAGUUACGUUGUCUGAGCGUGAUAUCCAGGAACAAGCUGUCAU